AUGGCGACCAACACUCCAGGCUCAUUGCUCGCCUCGGAGCCGGUCUGCUUAAUUAAAUUGUCCCCUUUUCAAGACAUCCAAUUCCAGACAUACACACAUCAGACGUCCUCCAGGUACACUCUUCGAACCUGUGGACACGGCUGCAUGCGCCCAGACAAGCCGUCACUAUCCCCCACCCCCCACCCCCGGCUCUGGUGCCCUGGCUGCUACAUCUUCCCCUUAUCCCCGUCCCGCCGUACCCCACACCCACACCCACUCAUCACUCUUUCACCGUCUCUCCGUGCCUGCCUCUCUGGUUCCAGCUCAACCUGCCCCUCCCUCCAGCCUCUCUUUCCAUCUCUCUCUCUCUCUAUCUCUCUCUUUCUCUCUCUCUCUCGACGCUUUGCCGACCCUCUCGCCAGUCAGUCUGUGAACAACUGGGCCGAUCGGUGUUCCGCCGUCUCUGUGCUAUCCGUCUGUGGUGCAGACUCGUCUGCCUCUCUCCCGCUCUUGUCUGGAGGCGAAGAAGGCGAAGAAGGCGAAGAAGGCGAAGAAGGCGUUGGACGGCAGCAGCAGCAGGAGAAAGAGAAGCAGAAGCAACAGCAGCAGCAACAGCAGCAGCAGCAGAAGCGGGAGGAGGGUGACGAGUGUUUGUUACUUCGCCACUUGGCCCGGCAGCUCGUCAUUCGUCAGACCGGAUUUCCUCCGACGCCCAAAUGGUGA